GUAAUGUACGUCACUUAUCAUAACACGGGAAGUGCAUUGUCCAACGUGGCAGGAGAUAAUCGUUCGCUGCAGUCAAACGGGGUUACUAGAUUUCGCAACCAACGACAGAAUGGCAAGGAGAUCGUAGGAGGCACGGCUCCGGAAUCGGCUAGCGCGUGUACGAGUAUGCCGUCAAUGUUCCAUGCCACAGUUGUCGAAGGCACAGUCCGUCCUCCUCGGCCUACGACCGCGCUUACAUGUUUCGCUGUGCAGCAGAUCCAGCUUCACGUUCACCUGGACGGGCAUCUGAGGCAUUCCACCAUAUGGGAACUCGAAAGCAAAAAGAAGUUAGGCCUGGGCUACGAAAGUGUGGAAGACAUUAAGAAUAAAACCAAGCCAUCUGAAGGAACAACGUUGAAAAAUUACCUCAAAGAGAUGCCAAGAUUUCUGAGGCUCCUCGUAGGAGACCGGGACGCCAUGACCCGGGUAGCUUACGAGGCCGGUGUGGAUCAAGCAAAAGACGGUAUCAUCUACAGCGAGAUGCGGAUCUUCCCUUACAUGAUGGCAACCGACCAUACUCAUCUGCAGGGAUACACCGGCAACGUGUCGACGUUGAGAUCGCCGUGUGACGUCAUACAGGCAAUUCUGGACGGGUUCAAGAAAGCGGAGGCCGAGCACGACAUCAAGCUGAGACUCAUUCUAGCGUGCUUCAGAGACAAGCCUGAAUGGUCGCGCGACAUUCUGACCCUGGUGGACAAAUUCAAAGACAAGGGCGUAGUUGGCAUCGACGUCGCCGGUGUCUUCGACAGUGAGCCCACAGAGAGGGACGGAGAAGAGAUAUUAAGCGAGCAGGUUAUUAAAACGUUCCAGGAGGCAGAGAAACGCGGCAUCCACCGGACGGCACACGCGGGUGAAGCUGGGCCUCCAGGCAACAUAAUACGUGCCAUCAAUGAACUGAAGGCCGAACGUAUCGGUCAUGGAUACUCUGCGAUCAGGGAAGGCGGCGAAGCUUACAGACUGGCACUCUGCAAGGGAAUUCACUUUGAAGAAAAUGUCAGCGGCAGUUACUUGACCGGAGCAGUCCAGAAGGACGAGACGCACCCAAUAUUUAGGUUGAUUCAUGACAAGGCAAGCUUCUCGAUCAACACGGAUGACCCCACCAUCACUCAGGUUACUUUGGAACACGAGUACAAGCUCCUACGCUCUCUUGGUGCCACGCUCAAUGAUAUUAUUGACUCGAACUUGUCCGCGAUCAAAGCAGCCUUCUUGCCUGAGAAAGAAAAACAGGAACUCCUCAAAAAAUUCGAGAGACUGAACGGCCUCUGAACUGAACUGGAACCGCCUCUGCGUGCAAAACCCCGCCGCAUUCGAGACUUUCGUGGCAAAAGAGCCACGCGAAAUAAAACCACACCCCUUUACGCAAGGGAUGACCAUGAUAA